AUGAUUGCACCGCCUGCUAUAUCUGUCCCAAAUGACCAUACAGCCCGCUUGGGUCCCCAACCUCUCCAACCUCCUCAGGAACUGUCGGGAGCUCGCUUCCCUCAUACUCGUGCUCAGCUGACCGCAAUCGCUCGCCAACACCGGCCUCUCGAUAACUACGACGAUGACAGCGACAAUGACCCAAAUCGUGUAUCUACAGCACUCGUGAACAAGGUCGCUUCAUUGCUCGAUGCCGAGCGUGAGGAGGACCUCAAGAACUUACUAACGGAGACAUUUGGCCCAAACAUCGACGAUGAGGAGCUUACUAGUCAUGUCCUGGACCUCAUGCAUCGUCAUCGCGACGACCUUGACAACAUUCCUUUCGUCUACCUCACGCCAACUAGACGGCCCAUUUCUCGACCCUCAUCUAGAGCCUCGACCCAUUCCUCUCGCGUCGUUGCGCGCCCAGACACACCAAACUCUGCGCCGGGCUCUCCGCUUUCCAUCGUAUUUCGUCGUCCACAUACACCUCUCGUUUCGCCUCUCGGCGCCGGCCAGCAAGCUAAUUCAUAUAUCACUGCACGUAGCGAGUCUCCUGCCCUUUCUCCUGUCUUUCCUCCUGCCCAGUUCGCUUCCAGUCUUCCUGCUUCCCCAUUAUCCUCUCCGCGUAUAUUAAACGCUAAAGCUCAUGAAUUCAAGCCUAUUCCGCGACCUCUCUCUGCAGCCUCAUCGAACCCUGGCUCUCUUGCCCAGCUUAGAGCAGAGACGCCUUCUCCGGACAUGUGGGCGCAUAAUCCUUCGCGACCCACAUCCAAGUUAGCUAUCGCAGCGCCGCUGACACCUGAUAGCGCGCUUCUUCCGCGGUCUGGCACGCCUAGUUCCUUGCGGCUCUCCCUUAGGCCGGACGAAGAUGAAGAUGAAGAGGAUCCGUUCGACCCCUUCAGCCAGAGGCCGUUGCCACGCUCGUUCCUUUCAAGCGAAGUGGAUCAGAAUGUCCAGCCAUCUUGGCACCACUCUCCGCUGUCGAACUCAUCGUUAUCUGCAUCUACAGACGACGCUCGGUACAACCACUACAAUGAUGACCCGCAGCUGCAAUCGUACGGUUCACAGUUGCUUGAGUCCCUUCAGGACGACAGUGACCUCGAUGCGGAGACAAAUGGCACGAUGGCAGAUGGUAUGACACCCCUUGAUGUGCUCAGCAUGGUCUUUGGAUCCACCCUCGCUCCAUCUGAACUGGAAGAAGCGCUAGCGAACAACGGCUAUGAUUUUGACCGCGCCAUGUCCUGGCUGGUUGAUCGCCAGAUUGCAACACACCACGCAAACAAUGCGCUCCCGCCCCCUCCUCGCCUACAUUCCGCCGGUGGCCGGGUCACCGUUGUUUCUCGCGAUGGCUAUGGGCACUUUAGGGGUGGUCGUGCUGGGUUCUAUAACGGCCCUGGAUUCCGCGGGAACAGGUUCAAUGGCCGGCCCUCUCCUGGCGGGAACCGAGUGUGUAGAUACUUCCUCGCGGGCGAAUGCCUACGCGCAGAUUGUCGCUUCAGCCACGAUCUUGAACGCGCGCUGUGUCGGUUUUGGUUGCGUGGGACAUGUGCCAAAGGCGAGAACUGCGAGUUCCUGCACCACCUCCCAAAGGAUAUCGAUGUGUCAGGGCUCUCUCAGGCGAUGUCUAGGACGGACUUGAACGCGAAUAACGGCACACAAAAUAGCCUUAACCCACCCGUCGAGGAAUUCCCGGCGCUGAACCACAUCGCCAAUUUGCCACCCAAGAAUAAGCGUGGAGGUCACGGACCCGAAAACGGAAGCCAGGAUCCGGCGCAUUCUCGCUUCGCCGCUGCCGUCAAAAAACCACUUCCGCCUGCUCCGAGCGUGACUACCUCUUCGUCUACGGCGCAGGGAACGAAGGAAUCUGUGUCUGUUCGCCCGAUGACCAACACGGAGUCUGCGCAGAACAAGGUGUCUGUGGUUGCUCCCAAGCCAUCGCCCCGGAUCAAGCUCCGGUCGCCCACUCUACUUCCAACGCUGACAACCGGCGACACGGUCAGCCAGCUGUACAUGGCCUACCGGUCUCGGGCUCACCAGCUGGGAGCUGCCCGGAACGCUUGCCUCGUACGAGCAGCCGAUGCGUGGAAGAAAGGCGACGGCGCCGCCGCCAAGCGCUUUAGCCGUGAGGGACAUGACUUAAACGCGAAGAUGAGCGCGGAGAUGGCGCAGGCGGCCGGGCGACUGGUGCGCGAACGCGCGAGACUCGCAGAGCAGGUCGUGAAAACUCGCGACUCAAUGUGGUCUGAUGACUAUGGCGAUCGCUCAGCUAAGGGCAGGAUCUGCGGUGCGGGCCUGGGUGUGACCUUGGGUAUCGCGAGCCAGACCGUGGGCGAUGGUAAGAAACUCACCCCUGAAGAGCGUACCGAGGUCAUGCUCGAUUUACAUGGCCUGCAUUCCACCGAGGCUACCGAAGUAGUGGAAGAGUUCCUCUUGGCUCUGGAGCGAGAACAUUUCUACGGCUUAGCGUACCUCGUCGUCGGCGAGGAAAAGCAUACUGGUACGCAAGAUCCUGCUCGCGGCGCAUCUCGGGCACGCCUAGCUGCUGGGGUGCGGGAAUGGCUACACUUGUGGGGUUACCCAUGGAGUGAGCGUGACGGUGUGGUCUGUGUCGAUCCUUUGACACACGCAUCAUAGAGGGACCCGCACAUGGCGUUUUGUUUUAUUUUGUUUCACCAUAUCCAAGGAAAUGUAACACUAUGCUAGGAAGAGAGUGCCGGCAAACACAUGCGGCAUCUAUGUAUGAUUUAUGAGACCGAAGUACCGUAGACCCCAUAGUGUUUUAGCAUGAAUAACACCCUCCUCGGGGGAUGUUGUGGAUGUUGCGGAUGUUGGU